AUGAAUCUCCUGAGUUCUACCUCUAAUACCUACUGCUGUACCCAGACCUCUAAUACCUACUGCUGUACCCAGACCUCUAAUACCUACUGCUGUACCCAGACCUCUAACACCUACUGCUGUACCCAGACCUCUAAUACCUACUGCUGUACCCAGACCUCUAAUACCUACUGCUGUACCCAGACCUCUAAUACCUACUGCUGUACCCAGACCUCUAAUACCUACUGCUGUACCCAGACCUCUAAUACCUACUGCUGUACCCAGACCUCUAAUACCUACUGCUGUACCCAGACCUCUAAUACCUACUGCUGUACCCAGACCUCUAAUACCUACUGCUGUACCCAGACCUCUAAUACCUACUGCUGUACCCAGACCUCUAAUACCUACUGCUGUACCCAGACCUCUAAUACCUACUGCUGUACCCAGACCUCUAAUACCUACUGCUGUACCCAGACCUCUAAUACCUACUGCUGUUCCCAGACCUCUAAUACCUACUGCUGUACCCAGACCUCUAAUACCUACUGCUGUACCCAGACCUCUAAUACCUACUGCUGUACCCAGACCUCUAAUACCUACUGCUGUACCCAGACCUCUAAUACCUACUGCUGUACCCAGACCUCUAAUACCUACUGCUGUACCCAGACCUCUAAUACCUCCUGCUGUACCCAGACCUCUAAUACCUACUGUUGUACCCAGACCUCUAAUACCUACUGCUGUACCCAGACCUCUAAUACCUACUGCUGUACCCAGACCUCUAAUACCUACUGCUGUACCCAGACCUCUAAUACCUACUGCUGUACCCAGACCUCUAAUACCUACUGCUGUACCCAGGUCUCUAAUACCUACUGCUGUACCCAGACCUCUAAUACCUACUGCUGUACCCAGACCUUUAAUACCUACUGCUGUACCCAGACCUCUAAUACCUACUGCUGUACCCAGACCUCUAAUACCUACUGCUGUACCCAGACCUCUAAUACCUACUGCUGUACCCAGACCUCUAAUACCUACUGCUGUACCCAGACCUCUAAUACCUACUGCUGUACCCAGACCUCUAAUACCUACUGCUGUACCCAGACCUCUAAUACCUACUGCUGUACCCAGACCUCUAAUACCUACUGCUAUACCCAGACCUCUAAUACCUACUGCUGUACCCAGACCUCUAAUACCUACUGCUGUACCCAGACCUCUAAUACAUACUGCUGUACCCAGACCUCUAAUACCUACUGCUGUACCCAGACCUCUAAUACCUACUGCUGUACCCAGACCUCUAAUACCUACUGCUGUACCCAGACCUCUAAUUCCUACUGCUGUACCCAGACCUCUAAUACCUACUGCUGUACCCAGACCUCUAAUACCUACUGCUGUACCCAGACCUCUAAUACCUACUGCUGUACCCAGACCUCCGUACUUGCAGACUGGUGA